AUGCCUGCCGUCGACGUUUCCUCCGUUCCUGCCGUCUCCGGCAAGGAGAUCGCUCAGUCGAUCGCCGUCCUCGAGGACCUCAUCAAGAACCUCAACAUCUCCACCUCUGCCGACGAGGCCGUCGAGACCUUCAAGAAGCAGCUCUCCAACAAGAAGGAUGCCGUGGCCCGCGAGCGUGCCUGCGAGGGCAUCCGCGCCAUCGCCUCCCACACCACCAUCGCUCCCGGUGUUGAGCCCCACCUUGUGUCUCUCCUUGGCCCCGUUCUGAACGCCGUCGGUGACAAGAUGGUCCCCGUCAAGGAGGCCGCUCAGUCUGCCGCCGCUGCCAUCGUUCAGGCUGUCACCGGCAACGCCGUCAAGGCCGUUGUCACCCCUAUCCUCGACUCUCUCCAGAAUGCCCAGAAGUGGCCCGAAAAGAUGGCCGCUCUCAAGUGCCUGGAUGCCCUCGUUGAGACUGCCCCCGCCCAGCUGUCCUUCCAGGUGCCCCGUCUGAUCCCCGUCGUCUCCGAGGCCAUGUGGGACACCAAGGCCGACAUCAAGAAGGCCGCCUACUCCACCAUGGAGAAGGUUUGCGGCCUGAUCGUCAACAAGGAUAUCGAGCGUUUCAUUCCCGAGCUCAUCAAGUGUAUCGCCAAGCCUGAGAACGUCCCCGAGACCGUUCACUUGCUCGGUGCCACCACUUUCGUUUCCGACGUGACCAGCCCUACCCUGGCCAUCAUGGUCCCCCUGCUGGACCGUGGUCUGGUUGAGCGCGAGACUGCCAUCAAGCGUAAGUCCGCCGUCAUCGUCGACAACAUGUGUAAGCUCGUGGAGGACCCCCAGCUGGUCGCUCCCUUCUUGCCCAAGAUGUUGCCCGCUCUGAACAAGAACUUUGAGAUUCUCGCCGACCCCGAGGCCCGUGAGAAGACCAAGCAGGCCCUGGACACCCUCACCCGUGUCGGUGAUGUCAAGGACGGCAAGAUCCCCGAGGUCUCCACCGCCGGUGACAUCCAGACCGUCGCUGGUAUCCUCAAGGAUAUCCUCAAGGAGAACAAGUUCGAGGACCGCAUCGCCUCCUCCGAGGCUGUCAUCAACUACGUUGGUGCCAUCGCCGGUCAGCUCGUUGACGAGAAGGACGCCGACAACACCACCUGGACUCAGAACGCCGUCCCUUACAUCGUCGCCAUCGUCGGUGAGGAGGCCGCCAAGCCCAUUGCCGAGACCCUCCGCAAGCGUGCCUCUCCCGAUGCCGCCGCUGCCGAUGAGGUCCCCUCCGACGAGGAGGAGGGUGAGGAUCUGUGCAACUGCACCUUCUCCCUGGCCUACGGUGCCAAGAUUCUGCUGAACCAGACCCACCUGCGCCUCAAGCGUGGUCAGCGUUAUGGUCUCCUCGGCCCCAACGGUUCCGGCAAGACCACCCUCAUGCGCGCCAUCAACAACGAGCAGCUCGAGGGUUUCCCCAAGAAGGAUGAGGUCAAGACCGUCUACGUCGAGCACGACUUGGACGCUGCCGAUACCGAGCUGACUGUCAUUGGCUGGACCGUCAAGAAGCUGAACGAGGUUGGCCUGAACCCCGUCGACGCCGACGUCCGUGACAAGCUCGUCAAUGAGUUCGGUUUCCUCGAGACCCAGCUCGAUGGCUCCAUCGGUGCCCUGUCCGGUGGUUGGAAGAUGAAGCUCGCCCUGUGCCGUGCCGUCUUCGAGAACCCCGAUAUCCUGCUGCUCGACGAGCCCACCAACCACUUGGACGUCAAGAACGUUGAGUGGCUCGAGAACUACCUCAAGUCCUCCCCUUGCACUUCCAUCAUGGUCUCUCACGACUCCGGUUUCCUGGACCGUGUCAUCCAGCACGUUGUCCACUACGAGCGCUUCAAGCUGAAGCGUUACCGUGGUACCCUCUCCGAGUUCGUCAAGCGCGUGCCUUCUGCCCGCUCCUACUACGAGCUCGGUGCCUCCGAGAUGGAGUUCAAGUUCCCCGAGCCCGGUUUCCUUGAGGGUGUCAAGACCAAGUCCAAGGCCAUCCCCCAGAUUCGCGACGUCACUUUCCAGGUCUCCCUGGGCUCCCGUAUCGCCGUUAUCGGUCCCAACGGUGCUGGCAAGUCUACUCUCGUUAACGUCCUGACUGGCGAGCUUAUCCCUACCGCCGGUGAUGUUUACCAGCACGAGAACAUCCGUAUUGCCUACAUUAAGCAGCACGCCUUCGCUCAUAUCGAUAACCACCUCGACUCCACUCCCUCCGAGUACAUCCAGUGGCGUUUCCAGACCGGUGAGGACCGUGAGACCAUGGACCGCGCCAACAAGAUCGUCACCGAGGAUGACGAGAAGGCCAUGGACAAGAUCUACAAGGUCGAGGGUACCCUCCGUCGCGUCGUCGGCAUCCACUCUCGUCGCAAGUUCAAGAACACCUACGAGUACGAAAUCUCUUGGGCUCUUGGUGACAACGUCGGCAUGAAGUCCGAGAAGUGGACUCCCAUGAUGUCCAACGACAACACCUGGUUGCCUCGCUCUGAGAUUAUCUCGUCUCACUCCAAGCAGGUCGCCGAGGUUGACCAGAAGGAGGCCCUCGCCUCCGGUCAGUUCCGCCCUCUCGUCCGUAAGGAGAUUGAGCAGCACUGCGCCAACUUCGGUCUCGAUGCCGAGCUGGUCUCUCACUCCCGCAUGCGCGGUCUGUCCGGUGGUCAGCGUGUCAAGGUCGUCCUGGCCGCUUGCUCUUGGCAGCGCCCCCACGUCAUCGUCCUUGACGAGCCCACCAACUACCUCGACCGUGACUCCCUCGGUGCCCUCUCCAAGGCCAUCAAGUCCUUCGAGGGUGGUGUUGUCAUCAUUACUCACUCUCGUGAGUUCACUGAGCACCUCACUGAGGAAGUCUGGGCCGUCAACCACGGUAUCAUGACUCCCUCCGGUCACAACUGGGUUCAGGGCCAGGGCUCCGGUCCCCGUCUCGACCAGAAGGGUGAUGAUGAGGAGGACAAGUUCGACGCCAUGGGUAACAAGAUUGUCGUCGAGAAGAAGAAGAAGCUUACUGGCUCUGAGCUCCGCAAGAAGAAGAAGGAGCGUGCUGCCCGCCGUAAGCGUGGUGAGGAGGUCUUCUCUGAUGAGGAUGACUUCUAG